AUGUCACCAGAUCGGUACGACCGUGGAUCCUCCCGGCGCGGUGUUUGGAGCCACUGGGUACCGCUUGUCAUAACCCUCACUGUCGCAACUGCUGGUGUGGCAGCAUGGGUCUGGAGCCAACGCAAGGACGACGACGAGGACAACGCAUUUGAGCACGAGCCCGGCUUGGAUUAUGAGAAUGCUGACUACGGAGACAAUCCUGCUUACGGCGCGACGAACCCCGAUGCACGAGGGGCAGAACAUCCUCCGAGACCAUAUCAACAAGGCGACGAUGCUGCUUCGUACGGUGUAGCAACGGCUCCGAGUGAUAUUUCCGCCCCAGGAUGGGGGGCUCGCAUGUCCGGCGCCCUGAGAAGGACGCCAAGUCCCCAGCAAUUCUUGGAUUCGACAGGCAAAACUGUUGCGGCGGGAAUGGCGGCAGCUGGUGCAGCAAUGGGCAAGGCUCUGGCUUCCAUUCGGGAGGAGGAUAAAGCCUACCCAGAGAACCCGUGGCAAGAGGAGGCUGAUGCGAAGAAGGAUCGUGCGCCUGUCUCGGGAGACAAGAGACGGAAAACCGUUGCGAUUGUCGUCUCCGCCGAUACCAAAAUCUCUGACGUGAAUGACGAUGGAGCACACGAGCUUGCCUCGAUCCUGUCCCAUAUCCCGCGUCACAACGACUUUUCCAAAAUCAAGCUUUACAUCCUGAUCUACGCACCGGAUCUGAAGGAGUCCGAGUUGGAUGGUACUUCUAGUAACCUGCCGCCGCCUUCUUUGAGCUCGUCAUUUUCUAACAUUGGUCAUGAUCAAGCCCAAACACCCGGCGAGGAGACGAAGAGCCCUCUCAUCGCUCCCUCGAGUGCAAAUGCCGCCUACAAUGCAGUUUACUCGCAAGCUCUGCACCUAGUAGAGAAGGAAGCGACCAUCCUGCCAUUCACGACACCAAACGGCCACGUUCACAUUCUACGACACGUUCAACCAGAGAUCUUGUACCUGCAAGAGUCUCUGAGCGGAGAUGGCGGCAGCACCAUCACCAUGCUCCAAACUUGGUUCCGACAUGAUAUUAUUCUAGUGGUUGGCGCCGAGAGCGGGUCCGGAGGACUAGCAGACAGCGAGUCCGAGGCAGAGAAGACUAGCAAACAGAUAGAGAAGUGGUGGCAAAGACCUGAUCGAGUCGGACGCGGGCGUGGAGUCGUGGUGGUCGACGGUAUGCGUGUUCAUGAUGAUUGGGCUCGACGGGUUCAGGGUAGGGAGUGA